GGACUUGCCAGGGGGAAGAGCAGGCCAGGAGGAAGGGAUCUGCCAAGGGCAGCUGUGUCUUUUCCACCAGAGUUUGAAGAUUAGCCUUGAUCUUGUCACGACUUGGGCUACCACUGACUCCAGAAAGGACGUAGGAGGCAGUGGCCGAGGGCCAGCAUAAACGGCACUGGGCACAGGCUGCUUUGCUGAGUCCCUCUGGAGAGCUGGUGGGGACACACCCAGCCUCCUGGAAUCCAGGACCCAUUGGUGGAGUGGAGCCAUGGCCCCGCAGGGAAGACUCUGAUGUAGCAGGGCCACGGGGCCAGCGCCUCUGGAUGGCAGGACGGUCAUCCCAGAAGAGCUGUGAGCCUGAGCCCAACAUCUCGGCCUCCCAGAGCUUCCUGGAGGAGGCUGGCCCAGAGCCCCUGUCCCAGCCUCCGCAGGCCAGCCCCUCCCUCAGCAGCCUUGACCUCUCCCAUGGGUCCCCGGUGGCCUUGGAGUACCUGCCUUUCUUCCGCACCUAUGGGGACCUGGUGGUGGAGGAGCUGGCCCCACAGCCCGAGGUUUGCAGGCACCAAGAAGACCGGAAUGUCAGAGAGGCGCCGUUCCCCGAGGACUCAGAACCUCCCAGCGGGUUCUUCCCGUUCUACCGCUCCAAGGAGGAGUGUUUUCCCAGGCUGGCCCUUCCCGGCAGCUCAUGCGGGGUCUCCCGAGACCCGAGCACCGGGAAGGAGGCGCUGGCUGGCUGCCUCUGCAGGGUGACUGUCCGCAGCAGGGACUCUGCCACCUCGGCAAGCCCAGACCUCCUCCUUGGGUCCUCAGGCUCACCACCCUGCUCCCCCAUCCUGCUGGUCCCCGUGGGACACUGCCCGACCACCCUUCCCUCUAGGGGCCAUGCCCUUGGUGCCUCAGGAUUCAUGCCUUACUACAGAACCCUGGAGGAGGAGCUGCACACCAGCCCUGGGCCGGCCACCUCUCCGCUGGUGCCCACGUGGACGCUGCCCAGGCCCAGUGCGGCCACUCUGGAGGGAGUGCCAGCUGGGAGCAGCAGGAGCCAGCGAAGAGUGGGCACCAGCACCUGCUCAUUGGCAAGAGCCCCAGCCUCCAGAGGUGACCCAGCAGCCCUGGGUGCUCCCUCCGCCCUCCUAGCUGGGAAAACUGCCUGAGGCCAAGCACACAGCACCAGCCCCCAGAGGCAUUCUGCAGAGGGGAAGUCUGUCCGGCCCAGCACUCAGACCGUCUCACCAGCCCAAGCUCAGAGGAAGGGAGCAGGCCCAGGGUCCGAUAAACAACUGAGGGACACAGACCAGAGAUGAAAUAAAUCACUUAACUACCAGGA